AUGUGGCAAGAGCUGCAGUGGCUCUUCAUUCUCGGGCUCAGUGUGAUCUAUGGUCUGCAAGCGACAGGUUUGUCUGCACGUGCAUGGAAUUUGGGCAUGAGAAUGUUUACCCAGCAGGGGUCUCGUGAGAGCCCCUCUUUUGGACCGGACCCCCCAGGACAAGAAGCCCUAAGCAACGAACCUGCCUGGGCAGCCGCUCUGAAAGAGAGCAUUGAGCAUCUUAUGGGACUGAUGAAGGCUUCGUCUUCUGACCCGCCUGCAUGGGGAGACCAGGUGGUGGCAAGCCUGGAACGUGUCAAGUGCAUGCUGGAUGCCUUAGCAUCGCCGACGCCAGCUCAAGGUGUGCAAGAUGCCCUCUCAAAUAUAGGGGACAUUGUCGAAGAGAGCAAGAAGGUCCUCUUCAGCCUGGCAGCCAAGAGGCCGCACCUUGACCUGCUCCCGGAAAUUCAAACUGCAUGUGAUGUUGUGCGCGACAAGCUCGAGACUGGCGCCUGCAUGCUCACUCCACAGGCCCGCGCUGAAGACAGAGCCUUCUCGCAGAACGCCCUCAAAGAACUCAAUGACCUUGGAAAAGGGCAGCAGAGCUUGCAUGGAGAAUAUAAAGAGGUGAAGCAGCUGUGCCAGGAAACCAAGCAGAAGAUCAACAGCACCUAUGGACUGGAAAGGAUAUAUCACCAUAUCUCGACGGUCUUGCAGUCCCAGAAAAAUUUUGGGACAUCUAUGCCCAAAAUCAUCAAGUGUGAACACGAUGAAUUAAAAGUGGACAUAGAGUCGCUCUGUGAAAAGAUUGUGCGGGUUGAGGAAGCUCAGCAGCACAUCUUGGCCACUUUGCAUGAAGUGCAAGCGACGUUGCACCAGAAGAGUAGCCCACCGGAGCCUGUGCAGCCAGAUGGACAACACCCCCAUGCCCCUCGCUCCUUCCCAGCUAGCAGUGACAACCUACGUGUCCCCGAUUAUGUACCCUCCAUACCUGUCCAUCAGGCUCCAGCAUCUCCGGGUCCUGCUAAGUUUUCGUUGGAGCAGGCCCUAGGGCCAGGACCCAGCACGCCGCCUACUCAUUUUCCUAUGCAUGGCCACCCGCCAACAAAUCCAUCGGAUCUUCUCGCUACUAUGUCUAUGUGUAUGGAUAUGAUGAAGGCCAUGCAACAGCACCAGUCCCGCAAUGCCUAG